AUGGGAAGAGAACCCAGACAUAGACCUCCCCCAUGGUUGAACGAAAACCUCGGCCGAGAAUUGACCACCCUCGGUCGCUGGAAGAAAAAGCUCCGAAACGCGAGAGAAGCGUUCACGAGAAGGGCAAUUCGUGCCAAGUUCAGAAAGCUUAAGAAAACCCAUAAACGGAACUGCUUCCGGGCCAGGAGAGAAGCCUGGCGGAAGUUCGUUACCGAGACAGGGAACGCUGAACCCUGGGGUCCAGUCUUCAAAUGGCUGAAAGCUGGUGGCAUACGUCCCUCGGAGUGUAUUCCAGCAGCAAUCCGAAAGCCGGAUGGCUCGUUCACCAAGUCUCUGAGAGAGACUGGGGAGAGGCUAAUGGAAUCUCUAGUCCCCGACGACAGUUAUGAUAACGAGAGUCCUGAGCAAAUGGCGGCUAGGACGGAAACGGGGAUAGAGAUCGGCUCCUUCAGGCAAGUAACAGACGAGCUAGGGGAAAUACAGCACUGUGAGACCGUGGAAGUAAAGAGGGCCAUUUGGCGGAUGGCACCGAACAAGUCCCCAGGCUUGGACGGAAUAACGGCAAAGAUCCUCUGA